AUGGCCAACACCAACGAUCUUUAUGAAAUGCCCCGACCAACGCUUGCCAAGGUUGUGAACAUCGGUGGUGUUGGAAUGGAAUCACGAGAUGCCAAGCCGCUUAUAAAGAUUCCACCUUUGUUUGAUGCACACUACCUGUUCUAUGAUAGUUCUCCUAAUCACUGCAUACUACACUUCAGUAAUCUCUCAGAAAAUGUGCAUCUGUUCCAGUGGCUCCCACAGUCCGACAUUCUUCAACAUCCUAAGACUAAGGCAUUCAUCACUCAUGGUGGAUACAAUAGUGUACAAGAAGCAAUUCGCGGUGGUGUGCCUUUAAUAUCGAUUCCACUUUUUGGAGAUCAACCAAAGAAUGCUCGUUUGGCUGAGCACCAUGGAUUCGGACUCGUCCUUAACAGGGCUGAACUCAGCGUAUCCACACUCACGAAAGCAAUCCAUGAGGUGGUCCAGAAUUCAAAGUGA